GCAGUGUGGGCUUUAACUUCUUCCUGCUGGCCCUCGGAGUGCAGUGGGCAAUCCUGCUGGACGGAGUCCUGGACCAGCCCUUCUUUGGGAAGGUGAUCAUCAAACUGUCCAGGUGGAGAAACAGGCUCAGUGAGAUUAAAUAUCUGCACAGGUGGCAAAGCUGAGAUGGGAAGCCAGGCUUGUCCUACUUCCAAACUCAGUCUCUUUCGGCUACCAGGAGAGGGAGCUGAGGGCGGCAGUGCCCAGAUGGCGAGUGGGCCAGCAGGUGCAGAGCGCCCUCUACUGAGCAUUUGCAAGUGUGACUGCAGAAAAAGAAAUCCGUUCUCAGGUCGCAGCAGAGACUCUGGGAACAAACAGACUCUAACUCAUGGUGACACGUGUAGGACAGACUAUGACCCUCAGCAUUCUCGUCUCCAGCUGGCCACCAUGAGCGCCAUGGCUGUGCUGAUCUCGGCAGGUACUGUCCUAGGGAAGACCAACUUGGUGCAGCUGAUGGUGAUGGCACUGGUGGAGGUGACAGCCUUUGGCACCAUGAGAUGGAUCAAUAAGCAGUUCUUAAUGGUGGACGAACAUGUGGGCAUGAUGUACAUCCACGUGUUUGCAGCCUGUUUUGGGCUGACUGUGGCCUGGUACUUCUUAAAGCCUUUGUGCAAGGGAUUGGAUAAGAAAGCUCAGAGAGAGAGAGUCCAGAUGGCCACAAUUCCCAGUCUGUUUGCCAUGCUGGGCACUCUCUUCCUGUGGAUAUUCUGGCCAAGGUUCAACUCUGCUCUGCUGAACAUUCCAAGUGAAAAGAAGAAUGCUGUGUUUAAUACCUACUAUGCCCUUGCAGUCAGCACGGUGACAGCCACCUCAAUGUCGGCCUUGGCUCACCCCCAAGGGAAGAUCAACAUGAUUCAUAUCCACAAUGCAGUUCUGGCAGGAGGUGUGGCUGUGGGCACCCCAUGCCACCUGCUUUCUUCUCCUUGGCUUGCCAUGGUGCUGGGCCUUAUGGCUGGGCUGAUAUCCAUCUGUGGAGCCAAGUGCCUGCACGUGCCUGAGAUUCAGGUGCUCUCCACCUUUGGCGUGCCAGGUCUGCUCGGAGGCUUUGUCUACAUUGUGCUGAUGGCGCUCCAGGUCUACUCAACUCCUCAGAUCGGCUACCAGGUGCUCAACGACACUGGGGCUCUCAGCUUGGCUGUGGUGAUGGGUAUGGCGUCUGGUCUCCUAACAGGUAUGCUCUUAGACCUCAACAUAUGGAGAGCACCUCAUGGGGAUAAAGACUCUGAUGACCAAACUUUCUGGAAGGGUCUCACUUUAUGCUCCCAAAAGCCUGGACCACGAUCUUCCUAUUUACCCUUCCCGUAUAGCUGGGAUGGCCCACUACAUCUGGCUAACAAUGGUAAUCUUUGUUCUGGUCAUCUUUGUUUCUUCUUUGCUGGGUUGUUUUUAAGCAAACAGAAUAAAAUGCGAAAGUUUAUUGCAAGGGGCUAGGCUAACCACAGACGAAUGUGCAAAUGUUUUGAUUUUGCGCAAGAUGCUUUGAACGUUAUCUGAUUUUACUUACCCUCACAACAAUCUUGCAUGACAGCAAGUAUCCCAGUCCAAGAGAUAAGGACAUGGAGACCUAUGGAGAUUAAGUAACUUGUCCAAAGUGACAGAGUGAGUAGAUAGGACAAGAGGAAUUUAAACAGGUGUCUGUUGCUCCAAAGGGACACAGGGCAGCUACUGGAGAGCAGUAAUUCUGUCCCCACCACCACCA